AUGCUGUCACCUGAGGGCAAACUCGUGGCCUGGAUGCUGACCGGCUUCUUGGCAAUUCUCACCAUCUUCUUCAACAUGUACCUGCUUCUGGUCACCAACAGAAGCUACCGGAAGAAGCACAAGCUCAACCCUGCCGACUUCAUCAUCACGGCCAUCGCCCUGGCCAGCAUCUCCCAGCAGGUUCUCACUUACUUAUGGCAGACGAUAGACGUGAUCGACACCGUGUGCCGAAUCAGCUUGAUGGCGGCCAUCCUGCUGGUGCUCAUCUUCAGCUUGAAGCUCAUCAUAAUCUGGAGCACGGCGUUCCUGACCUUCUACUACGGCACAAAGCUGGUGAUGGAGCCCGUCCACUUCUACACACGCAUCCAGGAGGCCAUCGUCCAGCACGUCCACACCGCCCUGGCGCUCAUCUUCAUAAGCGGCUUCGCCAAUUGCGUUCCCUUGCUGAGCGUUCUCACUUAUUACAACGGCACAAGCACUGAAUUUGGCGAUUGCGGGUCCAUCAUGCCCACCGAUACGACCGGGCUCGCCUACAUCUUCUACUACGUGAUCAUCUCCGACAUCCUUCCGGGCAUUGUGAUGGUCAAAUGCAGCAUUUCGAUCUCAUACCACCUGGCAAAACAUCUUCUGGAGAUGAAGGCCAGCAGCAACGGAGCCCACGGGCCCAAGUUAGGCACGCAGAUGCGGGUCAUCAAGAUGACCCUGAGCCUGGUGGUCGUGUACAUUUGCUUCGUGGCCAUGGACAUCUACACACAGAUGACGGUGGUGCUGAUGAGGCAGAACACGCUCGCACUGUCCAUUCUCUUUGCCAGCGUCUACACCACGGUCAGCGCGUUCGUGCUGGUUUACGGUAAAAAGAGCUACUGGAAGGAACUGAUCGCCUCCUAUAACCUCUUUUUAGAAGAGUACCCUUGUUUCAGCAGCAUGAAGGUCGAAGAGGUCAAAACAGAACCGCAUGAGCACAGCCACGGGCACUAA